GCCCCCUCCCCACUCCCCUGUUCUCUGCUCCUAGACCCACGCCGCACCACCUCCACAUCCCACCCCAUCGCCGCACCACCUCCCUCCCCCGUGCCGCCGGACCCCCUCCCUCCCCGCACCGCCGCACCGCCUCCCACGCGCGCCAUCACACCACCUCCCGCCCCGCGCCACCGCAGCAGCUCCUCCUGCCGGCCACCGCUGCUACCUACUACCAUGUGGAGGGAGUGCUCCGCCAGGCUUCCGUCGGUGAGCUGGGAUGUAGGAGGUGCAUCCACCUCCGUAUAGCACUCCGGUGCAUGGAUCCAGUCGUCGCCCUAUUAGAUCCAGCCGGCCAUGUUCCCUUGCAGCCGAGGGAUUUCGAGCGGCCGCCCCCAGCCCCAGCGCCGCCGAGGGUAGCUGUAAUCUCCCCACACGGUGGCCUCCCUGUCCCCGUCCCACGCGGAUCCAGUGAGUCCCGCAACUGGCGCCCCCAACCCCAGAAUCCUUGCCGCGGCGCCGCCCUGGAGGCGUUGCAGGAGCUGCGCCCUGCUUCCCCCUAUGACUCUCCGAGGCUGGAUGGAGCGGGAGGAGCUCCACCUUGCGUCUCCUGGACAGAUCCAUCACGGGCACCAGGAGGCCACCUACCUUCCUCUCUCGAUCUUCUCUGCAGCCGAGCACAAGGAGCACCUCCCAGUGAGCACGGGCUUCGGCCGUGGGAUCUCAACCCUCCCUCUGUCAUGGAUCCUCACUGGGGCAGCAUGGUAAUGCAGUCCGGCAUGCGCGCGCGUGCAGCACGAUUGUGUUGGCGAGGCAGCUCGUGUAAUUCCUUCAGCUAGUGGAGCAUUGAUCUUUAGUUCCGAAAGAAAAUGUUCAGAUUUUGCCGAUGCAGUGCGGUGUGAAAUUCAAAUGUGUGUAUGCUGUCGUCAACGAGCCACCGGAAGCAGCUCUCUGCUCAACUUGUUGCGGUUCCCUACCGGCGGGACAGAAGUGCAGUUCCAUAGGGUGCUCUCCUUCACGGGGGCAGGUGGUCAGCGCUGUGGUGCAGCUCAAAAACAUGUGCCAGGCGGUUCGGUGCUUUGGCCAGGAUGGCGACGAGUGCUCCUCCGGGUCAACGCCAUUUUGCCUCCUUCUGCCGAGUGCAGUACUCACCUCACCGCGCUGCAGUCCGUAUUUCCAGUGCAUGCAGCUCGCAACCCCCGCCAAUGUGUCGUCUAGCAAAAAUUCUGCAGUGCACUUGCCCAUGAGAAGUUCACUUCUUUUUCUAAUGCACUUUGUUUUGUUUGUGGCUCUCGAACACAUGCAUAGAAGAAAAGAAAAAAAUUAAGUGCAGCUCACUUGUUUCAUUGUUGUAGUGAUCUUCUAUCUCCGAGCGGUUCACUAUGUUGCCAAGUGCAAAAAAAUGGAAGAAAACAAACUGGAAAAAGUUUAUUUUUUUAAUGCA